AUGUCUAUCCUCUUAGACGACGAGGACGCACUAUUCGAUGCAGGUUCAUUUACACUCUACCAUAAUGAUGUAGAGUACCAUAUUGAUCCAACUCUAUUUUUCAAUUUUUCGAGAAAAUUCGCUGCAUAUUUUCAAGCUGUUACAAAUAACCCACAAGUAGAUCCAGAUACAGGCAAAACAUUACCGCCGACACUCUCUAUUGAAGAUGAAUAUGAAGAAAACGCAUUUGCUACAUACAUCGCAUGCUGCCAAAUGAAACCCAUCGCUCCAUCAGGCAUUAUCCUUGUAGACUUACUUGUUAUCGCAGAAGAUUGGGAUUCUCCAACUCUUAUUACUAAAAUUGAGUCUCUUUUGGCAUCAAAAGUUCCACCAAACGAAUUAAUCCGUCUUUUUGCAAAAUUAUUACGCGAAGGACAUAAAUCAAAGCGCAUUGAAACAAUUAUAUCCAUGAAUUUACCACGUUUCAUCGAUGCUCCGCUUUUCUCCACUCUUCCAUUUGAAGUUAUUGAAAGAAUGAUUGCAGCAUAUCCAGGCAAGCUCACACCAGCACAGCUCAUGAAGUUAUGCUAUGCUGCUUCAGCACAAGGCGGUAUGGAUUCAAUUAAAUUUGUUAAACGUUAUUCCUUCGACAACAUGAAGCUCGAUCAAAUCAACGAUCUCUGCGAAACAUUUAUGAUUUGUCCAUACAGAAAAUUACGUGAUUUCUUUGCUGCAAUGGGCAGAUUACUUGAACAACUCAAAGAUCCGCUUAACGAGCACAAAACAUUCAAGAGCUCAUGGACAGCAGCCGAUAAUGGCACUGCCGAUAACGCUUUUGCAUUUUACAAAGAAGUACAAGCGAAAAAUAAAUCUGGAAAGAGAUCUGCAACGGAAGAGACAUUUCUUAAGACCGCUGCUAACAGAGGAAACGCUGAAGCUCAAUUUGAAUACGGUAAAAUGCUUCUUGACCACGCAAAGACAGAAGAUCAAGAAGAUAUUGCAGUUGAGUAUCUUAUUCAAGCUGCCGCUAAAGGUUUCAGCGAAGCAAUACCUCUUCUCGAGCCAUAUUUCAACCUAAACAUGAUCGACGACAAUUGCCACCUCUACGUUUACCAAAGUCUUUCAUUACAAAUAGUUUUACUUGGAAUGAACAACGACAACAUCAAUCCAAGCUUCCAAUCCAUCCUCGCACUCAAGCUCAGUGAAGAACCCCAGAAAAUCCUACUUUUGGCCCAAGAUAUUAUGAAGGCCGUCCAAAUCAGACAAAGGAACGAAGAAAUAUAUGCCAACUUACUUAAAAUGUUAUCAGAAGAGCCAGGAUAUGAAGAUUUGAAGCAACAAAUCUUCUCAUUAAUCUUUGUAUCUUUAUUCAACCCUCCACACCAUCAGCAGUUCAUUUUCUUGAAGUUCUUGUACAAGUGCAAGACCCUAGGUGUCUACCAGGACGCAGAGAUCGAAGGAGCCAUCAUGGAUUUCGUAAAAGCAAACGCUCCAAUUUACGUUCAAUCGUCACUUUUUGUUUAUUAUUGGUUUGCACCAAUGAUUGAACAUUCCAAUUCAGAUGUAUCCAGUUAUUUAUUCAUGAAGGCGUUGACAAUCCAGAAAGGCAUGUUCGGCAUUUACGACGAGCACAUGUUAGUUUUUAAGAAGAGAGUUCGUGAACUGAAAGAAAACAACUGGAAUGGAUUUGAUGAUAUGAGACAAGUCGAUUUCUAUACGACUGAAUUCCUUUAUCAGAGCAAGAACAGAGAGAUGAACCAAGAAGAGAUAUCAUUCCAAUUGAUGCACGCUUUAGUUUACGAUGAUUUGGCUUCUUUCAAGAAGAUUGUUGAAGAAAACAAAGUGAAACUAGACAGAUCAAUUUCUAAUUACAUAGUCGACCUUGUUCCUCCACAAAACAGGGAGCAAAUGCAAGGCCCAAGCUUCGACGAGCAACUAACAUUGAUACAGUUCGCAGCAAUGCAAGGCAGCAAGAGUUGUUUCCUUUAUUUGCUUAGAAGAGGAGCAUUAUUCCUCGAAGGAAACAACCCAAUUUCUGCAAUUUGCGCAGCUUGCGGACAGUGCAAGUUCAUUCUCUCUUUCAUCACGAACAUCAAGGAUAAGAUGCGUGAAGAGAUGUUGAGAAUGGCUGGAAGAUUCAACAACACGUAUUUGCUUGUUUUGUUACUCCAAAACAAGUUGAAUAUCGAUGCUUGUGAUGAAAACGGAAUGACUGCUUUGCACAUGGCAACACGCGCUCACAACAAUGGAAUUGUUAAGUUGUUGUGCGCUGUUCACGGUAUCAAUGUAAAUGCACAGAAUGUUGAUGGUUGUACUCCUUUGCAUUACGCUGUUAUUGGCGGCAAAGUUGAGACAGUCCAGAUACUUUCUGAAGCACCAGGAAUCGAUGUCAAUGCUAUGGAUAGACAUGGUUCUACACCACUUCAUUAUGCUGCUUGGAAUGGUGAUGUUAAUAUGGUCAAGCUCUUGAUAACUCUUGAUGAUAUAGAUGUUAAUGUUCCAGGUAAACUCCAGAGAACUCCUCUACAUGAAGCUGCUAAAUGCGGAUUCCUUGAGAUUGUGAGAGUUCUCGUUAAGGCUCCUGAAAUCGAUUUGAAUCCAACAGAUAAAAGUGGAAGAACUCCUUACAGACUUGCAAUGAAAAAGCACCAGGUAGAUGUUGUGCAGUUCUUAAACUCUGUAGAUGGUAUUGAUAAGGAAACAACAAUUGUAACUGAAACAUCUUCUUCUUCUGGUAGAGAUUCGGAACCUGGAAGCUCUAGAUCUUUCUUACAUUCUGGUUAUUAA